CCAACAUGAUGACCCCGUCCCCCCCUACAGCUGACCCCUACCACCAAGGCAACGUCAGGAUGACCCUGGAAAAGGCUGACCUCUGGAAGUCCUUCCACAACCUGGGGACUGAGAUGAUCAUCACCAAACAUGGCCGGAGGAUGUUUCCCCACUGCAACGUCAGUCUAUCUGGACUCCAACCCUAUACCAACUAUGUCCUCAUGGUGGAUAUGGUUCCGGUGGACAACUCCAGAUACAGGUGGAAUAAAGGCCAGUGGGACAUGGCUGGGAAAGCCGAGCCCCAGCUCCCCUGUCGGACGUAUGUGCAUCCAGACUCCCCCACCCCGGGCUCCUACUGGAUGAAACAAUCGGUGUCCUUUCUCAAGCUCAAACUCACCAACCACACACUGGACCAGCACGGCCAUAUCAUCCUGCACUCUAUGCAUCGCUACAUCCCACGCUUCUCUGUGGUCCAGGCUGACAGUCUGCACAGUGUGCGCUGGGGACACUUCCAUUACUUCUCCUUCCCUGAGACCUCCUUCACUGCAGUCACGGCCUACCAGAACACUAAGGUCCGUCUAUCAACUCACGUAUUAAGAACAUACAAACGGCGCACCCACGUAAUUAACUUGCUCUUUGGGAAUGGAUGUCUUCAUCUCCACUCCUGCUUUCAGAUCGCUAAACUGAAGAUUGACCACAACCCCUUUGCUAAAGGAUUCAAAGGGGAGAACACCCGUACUCAUAGCAAGAGGUGUCGAUCCAACAAGAGUCCUGGAAAUGCUUCAAAGAAAGCCAAACAAGACAGAGAUACAGAAUUCAAAAGUCCUUCAGACCUCCAAAGAGCAACAUUAGACUGUGAGCCAGCAGAACGGGGGAUAACCUUGGGAACAACAGAGAACAUAGUGUCGGCUAAGGAGGAUCUCUUCUCCCCCUGGGCCAUGGAAAAGGACCCAUCCCAGAGCCACAGCCUGCACACUGAACUACUGGAGCUCCACGACCACAGACAGGACUACAGCACUGAGGAGCAGAUGGUGCCUGGCCCUGCAUCUAUGUCCUACCAACCAUGCAGAUCUGUUGAGCAUGGCAGACUUCCCUCUCCAUCUUCUGCAGUGGAGGAUUGCAAAGGCAGGCGCAGCUAUGAGUCUCACCUCCGUGAUGUAGCCACUGUCCCUGGGCACAAGACUAACAGUCCUGGCCCUGUCAGAGACAUGGGACACACCCCCUUGGCUCCAGCCAUGCCCCAGGACUAUAGAAUGUCCCCUGUCCAUCUGCCCACGUCCUCCAAAACCUACCCUGGGUACCUGGGCUACAGUUACCCCCUCUAUGGCCACUACACUACUAACCAGGGCAUGGGUCAGUGGAGUGAGGGUGGUACAGGACAGUACCCUGGACAGUCCUUGACUCACCACCUGCCCUUCUUCACCAGUCAAACACUGACUGCAGACCACGGCACCCACCAACGCAGCGUCCAUCACCAUGGCAACACAGAGGCAGAGUGGAGCUGGAGCCAGUACUUGAGUUUGGAUAAUGAUCAGAAUAGCUGACUCUGACUCACAAAGUGAAGGAGCUGAGUUUCAUUCUGUGAACAAUGCUACUUGUGACAUUUCAGAAAAGUGAGUCUAUGGUCCUUGUGCACAAGGUCCAAACCAAGAUAUCGUCAAGUAUGUUUAAAAAAAAACUUGUUCUCUGCUAUGGACAUGUGUGUCAAGAGGAGUGUGUGCAAUUUUCUGUUCCAAGUCUAUGCAGAGCUUAUAGCAGAAGGCUAUUUGAGCUAUAUACUGGACUUAAUGGACUGAGCCUCCUCAUACUGUGCCUGGUGCUCCAUAUGAACUGCAUUCAAAUGUUUGUGUGCAUUCAUGCUUGUAUUACGCAUGUGAUGUGUGUAUGCUUGUUUGUUUACUUAUCAAAGUGAUGAUAAUUGAGAUCAGAU